AUGGAUAUCAUUCUUGGAAUUAGAUUAGGAGAAUCAACCAUAAUUGCUACCUCCAAAGCAGCAACAAGAGGCAUUUCUAUAUUAAAAGAUACCGAUGAUAAAACUAGACAACUUAAUGCGCAUAAUUUAAUAGCAUAUACUGGUGAAGCAGGAGAUACAGUUCAAUUCGCUGAAUAUGUACAAGCUAACAUCCAAUUAUACUCAAUGCGUGAAAACGAUAUUGAAUUAUCACCAAAAGCUACUGCUUCAUUUGUUAGAAAUCAAUUGGCAACGUCCCUUAGAUCUCGUAAACCAUAUCAAGUUAAUUGUUUAAUUGGAGGAUAUGAUAUUAAAACAAAUCAACCAAGUUUGAAUUGGAUCGACUAUUUGGGUACUCAAGUUGAAUUGCCUUAUGGUGCUCAUGGAUAUGCUGGUUUCUAUACUACUUCAUUGUUAGACAAACAUUAUAGAAAAGGUAUGACUGUUGAAGAGGGCUUGGAAUUGUUAAGGAUGUGUUUAAAGGAAUUGGAAACUAGAAUGCCAAUUGACUUCAAAGGAGUGUAUGUUAAGGUGGUUGACAAGGAUGGUAUAAGGUCCAUCGAUGUAUAA